AUGCAGGUGCCGGCCAUCAACGGGGACCGCGGCCAACUCGUCGCGGAGGACCGGGCCAAGGCCGAGGCGUUUGUCCGCACCUACGCAAACGUCAGCAGCCACACCCGUCACAGGAGGCGUGAUCGAUCAGUGAAGGCUGAUCUGAGGGUGGUGAAGACGCGCCCCUGCUCAUGUGCUGGACAGCGCGAUGGUGCCUGCCAGCCCUUCUCCAGACAAGAGAUGAGGACCCAGCUGAGCAAGCUGAAAAUGAAGAAGGCUCCCGGCGCUGACGAUGUAUGUGCGGAACACCUCAAGCACCUCGGGCCGGUGGCCCAGGCCGCGCUACUGCACGUCAUCAACAAGUCGUGGAGCUCCGCUGAAGUCCCCUCGGUAUGGAGGAGAGCAAUCAUCAUACCGAUCCCUAAGGUCGGGAAGGACCCUCAAGAGGUCACUAGCUACCGUCCGAUAUCGCUCACCAGCCACGUCGCCAAGCUGAUGGAGCGGAUGGUGGCAGCUAGGCUCACGCACCUACUGGAGCGAGACAACAUUAUCCCCGCAGAGCAGGUCGGUUUUCGCCGCGGCCGCUCUGCAGAGGAGAACCUGGGACGACUCAUACAAGAAGUCCAGGACGGGUGGAACCGGCCGCCACCGAAGGGACGCCCGUCUGACGGCAAGACCGCCGCCAGGUUCGUGUUGACGGCCUAUGACUUCUCCCGCGCCUACGAUGUAAUUGACCAUCAAAUGCUGCGACUGAAGAUGUCCCAUCACCUUCCACGGUGCCUUGUCACGUGGAUUCACCACUUCCUCCGAGACCGACGCGCCUGCGCGGAGGUCAAUGGGUCACGGAGCCGGAACCGCCCAUUCCGAGCUGGCCUGCCGCAGGGGUCCGUCCUCGCACCGACCCUGUUCACGCUGUGGUCGGCGGACCUCGUGGCGGCGCUGAAGCGGAUCCCGGGCACCUCUGUCUUCCUGUACGCCGAUGACACCGCAACACUGUGUUCCGGCGGUACGAUAGCGGAAGCCAGGGACCGGGCUCAACAAGCGGCGGAUGCCAUAGCGAAAUGGGCCCGCGACUGGAAGAUGCGGCUGGCAGGAAGCAAGACGCAAGUUUUAGCCCUGUCGCAGCACUACGUCGACGCCCGGGACCUGUACAUCCACGUAGACGGGGCACGAGUGGACGCUGGGAGACACCUUCACCUUCUCGGUGUAACCCUGGACCGGCAACUUCACAUGGGCGAGCACUGCGCGCGCGUCCGGAAGAAGACCAAGCCGAGGAUCGCACAGCUCCGUAAGAUGACCGGGCGUUCCUGGGGUCUGCGGGAGCCACAGCUGCGAGUAGUAGCCAACGGCUACAUCCGCGGUGCCCUGGAAUACGCGGCGGCUGCAUGGCUCCCUGCAGCGUCCGAGUCCCACGUAGAGCUACUGGAGAUUGAGAUGCGCGCCGCAGCCCGCGUUAUCACCGGGUGCCCCGUGAGCACGCCGAGGGACCCGCUCCUCGCGGAAGCCGGUCUGGUUCCCGUGAGAGCACGCCGGGAUCUGCUCGCUGCCAGACUGAGCUGUCUGGCAGCCUCACAAAGAAGCGGCGACCCACUGCGCGCGGUGGCCGAAGCAACGGCCCCACGGCGGCUCCGCACCACCACCGGCUGGCGCGACACGGGAGCGCGCGCCCUGGUGAGCGCGGGCGUGCGAGAUGUACCUGUGGAGGAGCGCCUGCACGUCACCAUCCCGCCGUGGAUCGAUGACACCAGGGUCCAGUUUAGACUUGACAUCGGCAACCACAUCAGCCGCACAGCACCACCCGACGUCCGGCGGGAGAGAGCGGAGGAGCAUCUGGCCACCCUCCCAGACGACGCCGUAUGGGUGUGGAGCGACGGCUCGGCGGAGGGAGGUGUCUCAGCCGGAGGGAGUGGAGCGCUGAUAAUCCUCCCCUCAGGCGAGGAACACGAGCUCCGAGCCCCUGCGGGCAGGAUAUGCAGCAGCACCCGCGCCGAAUUGGUGGCGAUCCGCGGGGCACUGGAGAUGCUGCUGCGGCUGGAGGGCGGCCUGGCGGAGAGCCCGGUCAUCGUCUGCGCCGACUCGCAGGCGGCGCUCGCCACACUGGCGAGUGGGGCUGGGAGCCAGGCGACAGCACUCGGCGCCGCCGUAUGGCGACUGCUCCUGGCGCUCACGGACGGAGGACGCCGAGUCUUCAUGCAGUGGAUCCCAGCGCACUGCGGAAUACCCGGCAAUGAGAGAGCGGACGUGCUGGCUAAAGAGGCAUCCAGCCUGUCGCAAGACGCCGUCCCAACGGACGUCCGCUCGAUGGUGAAGGCAGUCGGCCGCUCCGCCACCAAGGCAUGGCGUCGCAGCUGGCCAGACCGGCCCCCGCCGAACUUCUUCAAAACCAUCAUGGGAGACCGGAUGCCGAUGCCGGUGCUCCUGGAGUCUCGCGACGAGGCGGUCAACGUCCACCAGCUGCGGGCGGGACACUGGAGCCGCUCGCAGAGCUACCUUCACAGAAUCGGACGCCGCCCCGAGCGCGACUGCCCACAGUGCAGUGAUCUGGCCUGCCCGGCGGCGCGCUGCCUGGUGUGUCGCGAGGGCCCAGACACGCCGGAGCACGUGCUGCUGAGGUGA